AUGCCAAACUCGGCCCUAGAACUUGGACUCCUCACUGCUGCAACCGUAGCUGCUCUGUUUCUGGCCGUUCUCGGUCUUGUGGGUCGAAAGUGGCGAAGGCUCGGUAGGCCUCCUACACCUCCCGGCCCUAAACCGUCAUGGUUUGGUUUGGGCUCGCCUGAUAUCCCUGAGCUAUCCCCUUGGCAUAGGUUCACGCAAUGGGGAAAAAUAUAUGGCGACUUGAUCUUCUAUCGCGCUUAUGGGGAUCCGGUCCUCGUCAUCAACUCAGCCAAGAUUGCGGAUGAUCUCCUUGACAAACGUAGCGCUAUAUAUUCUUCAAGGCCUAUCCAAGCGAUGACAAUGGAUCUGAUGGGCUGGGAUUGGUCAUUUGUUGGAAUGAAAUACGGAGAUACUUGGAGAAGAUAUCGUGGUCUUUUUCAGAAACAUUUCCAUUCACGCGUCACACAAAAGUACGAGCCGAUUUCAGCCAAGGGAGUACAGACUCUGCUUCGCCACCUGAAUCAUACACCAAAUGAUUUCGAACAGCAUCUUCGCAGGAGUGCCGCAGCGCUUGUCAUGAAUAUCUCAUACGGUCACGAUGUUACAGAAGAUGAUGAUGUCUAUGUCACCUUGGUUGAGAAAGGUAUGAGAACAUUGGGCUACGCGGGCGUAUACGGGACGUACGUAGUCGACUAUCUACCAUUUUUGAAACAUAUCCCCACUUGGUUCCCGGGGGCAGAAUUCAAAAGGAAAGCUUAUGAAUGGCGCAAGUUGUCGCAAGCGAUGCUUGAGGAGCCUUUCGAAAUGGUCAAACAGAAAAUAGAAUCCGGCGCUGCAACGCCGUGCAUUGUCACAAGAGAGCUUGAAAACUCCGUUCACUCAGGGACGGAAACGGAUGUCAGAAUGAUUCAAAGUGUGGCCGCUGUCUCGUAUUCAGGUGCAACAAUGGCUGCUACUAUGACUUUCCUCCUGGCCAUGGUGCUUCAUCCAAAUAUCCAGCGGAAGGCUCAGGGAGAGAUAGACCGUGUUGUUGGCACUGACCGCCUCCCUUCGCUGGAUGAUCGAGACAAAAUGCCCUUUAUAGCGCAUGUCAUAUGGGAGAGCCUACGAUGGAAUCCAGUUGCUCCCUUGGCUCUAUCACAUGCCACGGUGCAGGAUGAUAUCUACGAGGGUUACUGGAUUCCAAAGGGAACAACGAUCCAGCCAAAUGUUUGGGGUAUGCUUCAUGACGAACGCAGGUAUCCUGACAGUUCAAAAUUCAAGCCAGAACGGUUUGAAGACCCGAAAAGGAACACGGACCUUGGAAUCAACGAACUACCCCUUAUUGCUUUUGGCUUCGGACGUCGUAUCUGCCCUGGCCGCUGGGUCGCCUUGGACAAUCUGUGGAUCACAAUCGCGUCGAUUUUGGCAGUGUACAAUAUUGCCAAAGCCAAGGAUCAGCAUGGGAACGUGAUAGAGCCAAUCGCGGAGUUUACGACUAGUUUAGUGAGUCGGCCGAAGCCGUUCAAAUGCGUGUUUAUUCCGCGCUCUGAGCGAGCGCUUGCUCUCAUAGAGCAAACAGAGGAUGAGCACCAGGACUAG